AGUGUUGCUCCCCGCAAGCACUCUUAGAAUUGGCACGGGUGUGACAAUGAAUCCUGCAAGGACAAAACAAACGCUGCCAUAACAGCAAUAAAGCUAGUAGAUGCGUGUAUGGCACAUGCAUGCAAAUCUUCAUGGUGUGCAUACCUGCCAGUUCCGUUUAUUAAUGUUUUAACCGUUUUCUAUCCUGGAUCAUUUUCUUCGUUUGUCUAUUCUAAUUUGUUUGUCUUUUUGGCAGUUUCCAGUUCCCUUGUGUAAUGUAUCUUCUAGAUAUCAUGUUUUUAAUGUUGGUCCAGGAGGGUUAAUUGUAUUGUUUCUUAUGGAAAAAGAUAAAUGCAAGUAAAGGAGAAGUGAAGUACCUAAUUUUGGAGAUUCUUCAUCAGCUCCACACUUCUACUGUUCUACAGAAGUUCUCUAUUCUUCUUUGGAAGUUGGAACUCAAACAUGAAGAAGUAGUGAAUGCAUAGAUACUCCAAAACCUGAAAAAGCAUCUCCAUCUAAACAGUUCAGGUGUUCCUGAUAUGUUUUUGUCGUUGUAGUAUAUGAACCCCGUUCUCAAUUGCAAAAGAAAUAUUUUUCACCAUCUUCCCAAAUAUAGUACACAAACUGCAAUCAUAAUAAGGAAAUUGUACAACUUAUUGGAAAAAUUUGUCCAACAUUCGUACUACAUGUGUGCAAAUGAGUGAUAGUUCUAUUGCAUUGUUCCUCUGGCUGGUUAACUCUGGGUUUUAGGAUCUGAAAUUGGUCUAUCUGUUGGCAUUGGCAGGAACAAACAAACAUCCAUCUGUAUCCCUACUGGGCAGCUAGCCAGGAACAAUCAAACAUUCAUCUCUAUCCCAACUGGUCUUAUUACGCGCCUGAGGUCCCCAUACCACCAUCAUAUCUGAACUCUGCAAUCAUGGCUGGUCAUGCUCCUCAUCAUGAUCCAUGGGCCCAACCCCAGCCUGUGAUGACACCCUAUGAGGUGCCUUACUCAACGAUCUACUCUCCUGGAGUUUAUUAUGCUCAUCCUGCUGUUCCUCUUACUACUCCUGUGAGUACGCAACUGUUUUUAUCAGAGAGCAUGGAUGAAGGCAUAACAAAGAUGUUGGAUAGAUUGGAUAGAGUUGAUAUGCAAAUAGUUGAUGGCACUCAUGAGGUUGAUGGUGAAGGUUCAAUCAAUGGGGCAUCACGGAGUGCAGAAGGUGAUGCUCCUAGUAGCAGAAGUGAUAGUCACACAAGUCAAAGUCAGGGGGAGAGCACUUCAAUGGGAAAGCAAAACGCUGACCGCGAUGUUGAAGUCAAUACCCAAGCCAACUCUACAGCCGAAGGGGAUGCCAACGUGGCUUCCAUAGACUUAACAGGGAUUACUGUGGCUCCUGAAAAACCGGUGGACACUUCAAAUAGAAAAUCAGAGACUGGCAUGACUCAGUCUGCUUCUUUCGCUGUUGCAGGGUUGCCUUUGAAAGCAUCUUUACAAGAGCAGAAGCAGCUGAAGCGAGAGAAGAGGAAACAGGCUAACAGAGAAUCUGCUUGUAGGUCUAGGUUAAAGAAGCAGGCUGAAGUUGAUGAACUGAUGAAGAGAUAUGAAACUGUGAAAGUGGAAAACACAGCCCUUAAAUCUGAAAUAAAUCAAUCGACAGAAGAAGUAGAGAAACUGAAGGAUGAAAAUUGUGCAUUGAUGGAGAAGUUGAAUGGCACAGAGGUUACCCAUCCUAGAGAAAUGGUUUUAGAUGAGACCAGACCAGACUCAUCAACUCAACCUAAUUGUAGGAUGGGUUCAUGGUAAACAACUUGGUCUCUUUUGUCAUAGGAAUCAAUUGAAGAGAAUGUG